UUCCGGCUCCACGUCAUUUUGGAGGCGUUGUAAGUAUUUAUUUUUAGCAUCGACUCAAUGACGAAAACUUAGGACUAUUUUUAAAUUUUCUCUUAUUUUGCAUUAUUUUGAAAGAAUUUCACCUUACUGUGCAAUAUCUGAGUGUUUGUUUGUGUGCUGUCGAUAGACUAUUUGAUUUUUUUCCGCUGGAAGUAAGAAAAUUGGGAAGUCCGGGUGACGACAUUGUAAACAGAAAUAAACAAACAGCGCAGUGGUUAAUGCCGAGCCAAGGGACGGACAGACACGUGCCUUUGUUUUGUUGUGGAUUUCUCGGGUGACGUGGCUGGAACUGACGAACAAGUCUACACGUCUAAAAAAUCGACGUGUUCAUGAGUAAAAAUAGAAAACGAGGUGUCAACAAACAUGGCUGUCGAAAGUGACCCCGAUGUGUUAGAUCUGCUCUUUGACAAAUCUGCAGGAAUCCUGAAGAGCGAACUGCCAGACAUACAGACCCUCGAUUUCUCUGACCUCGGACUUUUGCCCGAGACUGAUCUCUUGGAGAAUGCCCUCAUUGACGCUGACAUCCACUCAUUCUUUGACGAUCAAGAGCAGCUAAAUACCAAAUCACAAGAUGUAGUGCACGAUCAUGACUACUUUGCUCAGAAAUCUCCCAGUGCUGCUAGUGACAGUGGGAUAUCCAGUACAGGAGCUUACUCCCCCCACAGCAUGAGUGAGGAUCCCCCCCAGAGUAGCCCCAGGGAGAGUUCCCUGUCUGGGUCCCCUCGCAGCCAAUCAAAUCUCGACAUGGACUUUCAAAUCAAUUCGCCAAAUGAAGGCCUCAGUGAUACAACCCCAAUUACUUUUGAAAACUUUGACUUUAAAAACUUUGACAUGAGCACCAUUGACACUGGUGCUUUUCUAGGAGACACAGACUUUCUGUCCUUUGGAGAUGGGACCAAGGACUCUGAUGUGACAAUCAAUGUGAUGGACUCUGAUCUCAUGGUGGAGACAAUUAGCAGCUCUUCUCAGACUCCCUCCGGCAGCUCCAUAAAGUCAACCAAAAUCAUCAAAGUGUGCUCCAGCAAGAGCGAUACUCUGCCGUUCACAAUGAAGGAUGUAUCCAGUGUCACCUCAUCAUCAAAGUUCCCAGAGCUGCAGCUAACCGAGGAAGAGCAGGAAUUGUUGGCCCGGGAGGGGGUCACACUACCGACCAACAUGCCACUUACCAAGGAGGAGGAGAGGGUCCUGAAAGCCGUCCGCCGCAAAAUCAGAAACAAGGCGUCGGCCAAAGAGAGCCGUAAGAGAAAGAUGGAUUACGUGGAGGGACUGGAGAAACGGGUCAAAAUGUCAACAACAGAGAACAGCCAGCUCAAAAAGAAAGUGGACGGCCUAGAGAAACAAAAUACGCACCUGGUCCAGCAGCUGAAGAAGCUCCAGGCCCUGGUCCUGUCCAAGGCUAGUAAGCCCCAGGCCAGCACCUGCCUGGUGGUGCUGGUCAUGUCCUUCGCCUUCCUGAUCGCCCCCAACAUCGACCCCUUCGGAAUCAAGCAGGACAAACUGUCCGACCCUAAAUCCAUCCCCAUACCCGGUAAAUCCAGGAGUCUGCUCCACUCACCCGAUGAGGCACAUGACCUUGACACUGACCCUUAUGGGCUGACCAUCAAACCUGGACCUCCCUGGGAAGUACCCCCUAAGACUCCAGCCAUCCCCAUCCCCCCUAAUGUCGUCGUGGAGACCAUUGAUGACGAUGUCAUCAGCAAACACGUAGAUAACACAGACUCUGUGCGAGCAGUGAACUUAUCAACUGACAAUGUUACGGCGCAGUCUGCGCCCGUUAAAGUUGAGGCGGAUUCUCAGGAUUAUUCAGACACUCCCGACCAUCGACACAGACAGGACCUGUGAAACAAAGGUCGACGUCGAACAUGAUGUUGGUUGCAAGCCAGCGUUAAUGUGAUUGUUGUGUAAAUACAUGUACUACUGUUUAGUCCCAAUCACCAGCUGACAGUAAUGUUUGCUGUCAGCAAAUAUGUGAUGUUUUUGAGUUGACAGUAAUGCUUGCUGUCAGCAGAUAUGUGUGUAGUUUCUUGCUGUUUACAGUGUUUUUAACAAAACAAAACAAGUUUGAGUGCAAUUGGAUUUAUACUGUGUAGAUUGUUCAUGUUGAACUGUAAAACUGUGCUUUUCUCUGCAAACACAAAACCAGAUUUCAAUAGAUAUAUCAUGUAGAAGAUAUAAAUACGAUAGUCUGUACAGAGUGUCUGUAGACGAAACAAUAUAUUAUCAGAACUGUGCAGAUACUUUUACAACUGUCAAUUAUAUAACUAACAAUUCAAUUGAGUUGACAGUUAAAUUAGUCUGUCUAAGGAUAAAACAAUUAAUAUAUUAUGUACUGUAUAAACAAUCUCUCCCUCCUCAAGUCGUCCCUUUGUUGCUUUAAAUCUCUGUAAUAGAACUCUAUGAUGCCGAGUCCAAUCGAUUGAGAGUUCAUUUAAAUCAUUUUAAUUCAAAUUUUUAAAUGGAGAGAAUAGGUGUCUAUUUACACCAGUUAUUCAGGAUUCAUGAUGUAUGGAUGUUUGUUGACCAAUCAAUCUGCUCAUUUUUAUCUUUACAUACAUGUAGAUUAAUCAUCAUGUUCAUUGUGAAAUAGACCAUGUAUGAAUGCUUCGUAUCAUUUUUGACGGUUUAAGUUUUGUUGAAUGGUUUUUUUAAUCUCUACUUGAACGUGUUAUUUUUAUACAGUAUUUGAACAAUAUCAAAUAUUUGUUGAUUUCUGAAUAAAAUCUUUUUCUAAA